AUGGAUAUUAACCGGAGAGGAGAUAAUAACUACACCAAGAUAUUGUCAUUCACUGAAGUCCCUCCCAGAACUGCCCCAUUUCUACAUAACAAGGGUCUCCUCGUAUUGUACUCUAAGCUUCGUGGGUGGACAGGGUUUCCAAUCUCACUUGCAAGCUCAGCCAUCUAUUUCAAAAACACCCAAUACUCUCGAGUCAUCGUAAAUCCCCGCAAAGCAAACAAUAACAACACAUUCGUCAUGCAAGCUGAUGACGGGAAAUACAAGUCUGACAGGGCCAUUUAUGGCGAUGGGUUCCGUCGCAGCUAUGCCAGUUCCUGCGUUCUCCCUGAAUUUGAACCAGACACUAUGGGCCGGAAGUACUCGCUGCCAGUCGGGAACAGACAGUCGGAUCCCACACACAGCGAAGAAGAGCUGGGCAGGUUUACCGAUGACCUCACGAAGCACCUCGACGCUGCGUUUCACAUAGAGAGCAACGAAGUUGAGCUCUCGCUGUCGGCGAUCGAGAUCAACCCGAAUCAAAACACACAGGAGCACGACGAGCAGCCUGAAACCGAGCAUAUCGAGGUCAAGCAAGACUCACCAUCGAAGAGACGUUCUCUGAGGGAGCGCGUUCGGUCGUUCGCCUCGAACUCCAAAGCCUCGAUUGCUUCUGACAGGGUCAGCUGGCAGAGCUUCUCGUCGGGACACGCUGAACUAGCUCGUUCGCUGCGAUCUAACUCUGUCACCACUUUCACCGGGAGCGUCGGAAAUACCAGCACGAAAUCAAGCCCUAAAGCGAAGAGGGAUUAUAUGUUCGUCGACCUGGAUUACUUUACGCAUCCUCGACCGAUGAGCGAAGUCACCAGCCCUGAUGUAUCACCAAGGGCAAAGAAGCCGGUCAGGACGAGAGACUUCGACGAGCAGGACAAGAGUGCAUUUGCCUUCCGGGAACUGGUCGACUAUAUCCGCACUGUCACUGGAACUGAAGUAAAAGCUCAGUCACUUGAGGACUUCAAUAUGCCAGAGACCAUGCAGGAUAUCAAAAACCGAAGCGCGAUGCAUCUCAGAUGCACCAGCUGCCGUGGAGACUGUCCAGUCUGCGGCGCCGCAUGCUGCAUCUAUGAGUACGCUCGUCGCGCAGCGGCCCUUGUCCAGCCCAGUUCCGAAAUGGCUCGCCAGUCGAAGACGACAUUGCACACGAUUGAGAAUUUGGGGCCUCAUAUCCGAAACGCGGGCACCUUCUCCCUGUGCAGUGAAUGGUACGGCUGCGGUCGAUAUGUGUGCUCCAACUGUGCCGGUGCGUGCAAGCCCGACCCCUGGUGUCCAUGCGACUGGUACAGCAUAGAUUGA